UACACUCUAAAGUCGUUUUCUUAUUUUCUCUAGUUCGGUUUCUUAUUUACGGACUUACAGUUGUUUUGCAUCCUCUGCUGGUGUCAGGGUUCGAUGAUUUGGGUUGGAUGAUUCAUCCGUCAGUCCGCGAAUCUGGGAAUCUGAUUUUCCCAUGAAUCAUGGACUUUAUUAAUUUCGAAGUUCACUUCCCUGGCGGAUCGGUACGGGAGUUUCUCCUCAAUGCGUCUGUGAGCGCGGAUAAGCAUAAUAAACCAUCUUACUCUUUCUCCCUGCUGCGGAUGCUGAUUGCUGACAAGAUACCGAAGGACUUCCCUUUCACCCUAACAUGGCAGGAUCGAAAGGGAAAGAGUCUCCCUGUGGCGCGGCAGCAGGAUCUCGACGCCAUAAUUGACCGAAGCAUAUCACACAGCGGUUCAGGGGUAGCAGCGUUGACGACGAGUUUUACGAUUGCUGUGCAGGUUGUGCGGGAGAAGUUGGACGGCGAGAAAGGCGCAGAAAAUCAGUCCGAGAUGCCUGUUGGUUCGUCGCGUCAUUUAACGGCGCAAGCACCCUUGGAUCCCGCGAAACGAACAAUUCAGACCAGACAGUCAAGAAGACGGUCGCAUGGCCAGGCAGCUUCCGAUACAGAAAAAGUCAACACUGUCCUUACGGGAAUUGGUGAUUCGAAACCAGGGGGAGCCCGAUAUUAUCCUUGUGAGAAAUGCUCGACUAAUUUCUUCUCACAAUUAGCAUUGGAUCGACAUGUGGAGAUUUGUUCUUUGCCGAAAACUGAAGAUUCCACACCGAAAGACCUAUCGGUGCCUGAUGAAGAAGCAGAGCGUUUCUCAUGUGAAAAAUGUUCCUGUAUUUUCUUUUCGAAAACCACGCUGGACAAACAUGUGACCACAUGUUCCCUUCCUAAUGCAAAGGAGACAAAAUACACCUGUGAUAAUUGUUCCGCUGAGUUCCUGCAGCAGAGUUAUUUGGAUGAACAUAAAUAUGCAAAGAUAUGUACCAAGGAGGUUUCUGAAAAGAUGACGAAAAUCCCAAGUGUGCAUGCUUGUGCGAAAUGCGGGUUGAAAUUUUCUUCAGAAAACAAAUUAGCGGAGCAUGAGCUCACCAAGCACAUUACACGGGAGUUUAUUUGCGAAUAUUGCGGGAAAGGGCUCGAUAACAAAAUGGUCUUGGAUUAUCACGCAACUGCUUGCCGCCGAUCCAGUGCCGGCUCGGUGUUUUGUCCUCAAUGUCGCAGUAGCUUCCCGAACGAAGAUGAAUUGCGACAGCAUUUUAGAACUGAUCAUCCAGGUUUGAAACUCGUUAAAUUUGUGCCUCCGGAACGUCCAGAGAGUCCUGUCGUUGAAAAGGCGGCUAGUCCCAGUAUUGACGAAGUGCAGUGCUUGGGGGAAAUAAAUCGUCAGUUGCCGAAAAUCAGGAUGGGACCCCGACCAGUGCUUCGUAUGCCACUUGCUCCCCUGACAUGUUGUUUGUGUGGGAUGAAUUUUUUCGAUCGGCAGCAGUUCGGUUUCCAUUUGAUGAGCCAUUCUGCAUUGCGCUCUCCAGCCGGGAGCGCUGCCCUUCCACUCUCCUUCCCAACUCCGCCAGUGUUCUCUCGUCCAGUCGUUCCUGUUGCUCCUCAUCCGAAUGGAUAUCUCCAGCGACUGCCAACCGUAUUUCCUUCAGUGGGCAUUGUGACACCAAGACCAGCGCCCCCAUUCGUGCUAAUUAAUUCUGUGGAUGGCCAGUUCCCUUGCAAAGCCUGCGGCCAAGUCUUCACAAAAAAUCUGGACCUGGGGAAGCAUCUACUGGAGCAUAUAGCAGCGGAAAAGAGUGCGAAGAUCAAUCCCAAUGGUGAUUCCAAAUGGGAAGCCAUGAAGACGACGUGCGCUUUGUGCUUGAAACAAUGUGGAAGCCCUGCUGACCUGGAAAAUCAUCUGUUCCAGCAUUUCAUAGAGCACAGUAAAUCUGCCCCUAAUGUUCUGGACCCUGCCACAUCGACUGCACGCACUGCGCAGGCCCCAGCACAAGGUCCUCAGGACCAAAAAAUUUGCCCUAAGCCGACGCGGCUUAUCCUUCCCAAUGGAAGACCUGAUCUCUGUGUCUCCGCUGCUGUACCUGUGGAAGCUCAGAUUUCAUCUUGCAAUAAAACUCCAGUCAUGGAAGUAGAUGCAAAGAAGAAGUUACCGCAGCUAGUGGCGAUUCCAGCGAAACGUUUAUCCUCUGAAAUGGAUGAACCACAAAUAAGGGCGGGUGGAUUGCCAAAGGUUAAAAGAAUCUCAGAAACGGGCGAGUCUGCGCGCUCUUCCCUAACGGAUAACGGAGGAUUAAAAAUUGAAUUUAGAGCAUCGAAGUGUUCCGUGGAAAAUGCGGCACUCGUUUUUCGGCGGGCCAUCGACUCUGCAUAUGCAGCGGUGUCCAGUGGGCGCAUAUGAAUCUUGCUGAUUCUAAACCAAAAGUUUCAGUUUUUGUGAUUAUAAAUAUUGUAUUUUUCUCCGAGGAUUUUUGGUUUGGUUUUUUUUGGAGCUGGUUUGUGAUAUUUAUUUGGGUUUUUGGUCUGUCAUGGCCUCAAGGUUGCCUUGAAAACGUUUUGCAAAAUUCCGUCUGUUUUUAGCUAGAAAACUGGCAUCUAUUAAAAUUUAUGUUGCACACGUGAUCAUGUAAGCUACUGAAUUGUUAAAGUAGCGUUGCGCGCGUAAAUCUUAAUAAAUCUUAU